AUGAGUGAUAAAGAUUUUCUAAAUCAAGUUAAUAUGAAUGAGAUUAUUAAUCAAUUCAAGGAAAGAAUUGACAUAUUAAAGGAAUCAUGGGAUCAUUUUACAUGCGAGAAUAAACAAGCAAUAGAGCAAGGAAAUCUGGAUGCAUUUGAAAAUAUGGUUUCAACAAUUCAAAGCCAAAAUGCCAAUAUUCUAAUUGACCUAAAUCUCAUGAAGAAAUACUUCAAUAUUGAUGAUGGCUAUGUUAACAAUUUAUUUGGGCAAGCUGAAUUAAAUCAGGAAGAAAUUAAUGAUAUAAGUAUUGAUAUUGAAACUCCACCAGAACAACUAGAUAGUCUUCAAAGUUGGGAAAGUGAAGACUCUACUGACAUUGAUCAAGAUAUUGUCCAAACCAGACCCACUAAAAAUUUCCAUGGAGUGCGACACACUGAAAACAACAGAAGAAGCAAAAAAUAUGCAUUCCAAAAAAAUAUUGCUUGUGAUCAGCGGGAUAAAAUAGUUAUUGAUUUGGUCGAAUAUCCUUCCACAAUUAAAGAUUUGGUUGUGGAUUUCGAAACUGUUGUGUUUCCACAGCUAAAAUAUCUACAAAGAAGUAUGGGGAAAAAAGCCUUAAGAAACAUUGCAAAGCUUAGAACUGUGCAAAGAAGGAAGUCUUUGGUUCGUGCCAUUCACGAUAUUUCAACUUUGUACAAUCUAUCACUUGAGGAAGUCAUCAACAUUUUUGAAACCAUAAGAGAGAAUGGAGGGAAAUCAGUUGCAUGGAUGUACAACAACAAAGCACAUGUUCUCCAAACAGUACAAGAUCUGUUAAAAUGA